AUGGCAACUUCAGACGGGACAGAGCAGGCUAAAAAGUCUGUGUACCAGAUUGCUCGAAGCUGGGGAGAAAACCCCCUCCCUCCUACGCUACUAGCAACACUCAUCACCGCGCAACACAUGCGCCCAUUCCAACUCCUACCCAUGAGCUUCGUCCCCGUCCUCCUCUUCACAUCCUACACAAACGUGAACGGCUUCAAAAAGGACAGCGCGGGUAUUAGCGCCGCCUGGUCUGGGUUAUAUCUUCUUCUGGCGAGUCGACGCAAGCAGAAAUUCAUGAAGAAAUGGAGUCCUCGAGGGAUCGUUCGUGGUACCUCGAUGGGUUUGGCGCUAGCUAAUAUGGUUGCUGGAGGUUUGACGUAUGCUUUGGGUGAAAGAGAGGAUGAAGAUUGA